GAGAGACACUGACAGAGAAGAGACUUCUCGUACGCGCCGCCUAAUUUUGCAGCCAGCGAUACCCGAUUCCUAUUUCCCUCCCUCUCUGCAAAUCCGCACCCCAUCCGUCGGCAUCUUCAUCCUUUCUUUAGGGUUUUCAAGAGUUUUUUGGGGGGGAAAUUCUUUCUUUCGAAAUUCUACAAUGUACCGUGCAGGCGGGUCCGCGUCGGACGGCCGUCGGAGUUCCAGUUUCGGCGGCUACCACCGUAGCCGCUUUAAUCCGCCGCACCAGUACCACCAACAACGCCCGCCCCUCCGCUGCCUUCCGUACCAGCAGGACCAUUGGAACCCUCACUACCGCGAUCGCUCCCCCGCGCCCGCCCCGCCGCCUCCCCGGCCCAAUUUCGCUGUCCACCUACGGUCCGACGCUCGCCACGCCGUCAAAGAGGCGGAGGCGGAAGCGGUUGUUCGGAGGCUAAAGUGUAAACCGCAGAAAUCGGAUUUUGUGUCGUCGAAUUUUGUUUGCGGGAAACUUUUCUACGAACAGUGGAGCGAGGUGCUGGAGACCGUGGUUCAGUUGUGGGAAUUCAAAUUGAACGACGCGGAGCUUCGAUUUUGGCCUAGGGUUGUGAGCAACAUCCAAUUGCCUUCUGAUAAGUCCGAAUUGGACGAUCGAUUGAAGGUGUUGUUUCUGGAGAAAUUGAAGGGUUUGAAAAAGGGGGAUUUGGUGGAUAAGUGGGAGGAGAAAGUGAGGACAUUAAGGGACGAGAUAAGCCGUCUUGUAGCCCUGUUGCGAAAGGGGCAGAGGUUACGGUAUGCUAAUGAGAUUUGGAGGAAGAAGCAGGGUUUGGUUGAUGAGAAAGAGUUGAUCGUGAAUCGACUGCAGGAGUUCCAAACUGGCAUUAGCUGUAUUGAGAAUUAUAUAGUGAGCGAGGGGAAGACUGAAGUCAGGGAGGUUUUCGAAUUUCCUGAAGCGGAGAUUGAGUGGGAGAGGGUGUAUAAGUUGAUGAUGAGGGAAUGCAGGAGGCUUGAUGAUGGACUGCCGAUUUACACUCAUCGUCAGGCCAUCCUUAGGACAGUUCGUAGCCAACAGGUCACAGUUCUGAUAGGCGAGACUGGUUCUGGGAAAAGUACACAGUUAGUUCAAUUUCUUGCUGAUUCUGGAGUUUCGGGAAAUGAGUGUAUUGUUUGUACUCAGCCCCGUAAACUUGCUGCCAUCUCACUCUCAGAAAGGGUUAAAGAGGAAAGCCUUGGUUGCUACAGAGACAGCGCUUCAGUAACCUGUUAUCCAUCGUAUUCGAGUUUUGAUGAUUUUGAGUCCAAAGUGAUAUUCAUGACUGAUCACUGCCUGUUGCAACAUUACAUGAGCGAUAAGAAGUUAUCCAGGAUUUCAUUCAUUAUCAUCGAUGAGGCUCAUGAAAGAAGCUUGAAUACGGAUCUACUUCUGGCACUGAUCAAGAAUUUGCUGUGCCAGAGGUCAAAUCUGAGACUCAUCAUUAUGUCUGCAACUGCUGAUUCAGAUCAAUUAGCAAAGUACUUCUUUGGCUGCCAAACUUUGCACGUGGCUGGUAGAAAUUUCCCUGUCGAUGUUAAAUAUAUGCCUGGUGAUUCUGAUGGAUUUUCAAGAUUGGUGUCGGGAUCAGGAUCAAUACCUUCGUAUGUUCUUGACGUUCUAAAGACAGCGACUGAGAUCAACAGAACUGAGAAGGAAGGCACUAUUCUUUCGUUCUUGACAUCUCAAGCAGAAGUAGAAUGGGCUUGUGACAAUUUUAAAGGUUCUUCGGCUAUCGCAUUGCCUUUGCAUGGAAAACUUUCUUAUGAGGAGCAACAUCGAGUAUUUAUGUCAUACCCAGGAAAAAGGAAAGUUAUCUUUGCCACCAAUGUUGCUGAAACAUCAUUGACUAUUCCUGGUGUGAAGUAUGUGAUUGAUCCGGGUAUGGUUAAGGAGAGCAGGUACGAACCUGCUACGGGCAUGAAUAUUCUGAGGGUUUCUUGGAUCAGUCAAAGCUCUGCAAAUCAACGAGCUGGAAGGGCUGGAAGAACCGAACCAGGGACAUGUUAUAGGCUCUACUCAAAGAGUGAUUUUGAUUUGAUGUUACCUCAUCACGAACCGGAAAUUUACAAGGUUCAUCUUGGUGUUGCAGUUUUGAAAAUUCUAGCAUUGGGUGCUAAUGACGUGCAGGAUUUUGACUUUGUCAAUGCCCCGAGUGCUGAUGCUAUCAAUAUGGCUGUACAAAAUCUCAUUCAGUUAGGAGCCAUUUCCAUGAAGAACAAUGCUUUUGAAUUAAGUGUAGAAGGACGGGACAUGGUAAAGUUGGGCAUUGAGCCUAGGCUUGGGAAAAUAAUUCUGCAGUGCUUCCGUUAUCGCUUGGGUCGAGAGGGUCUUGCUCUUGCUACAGUGAUGGCGAAUUCAGGCAACAUAUUUUCCCGAGUUGGAACUCAAGAAGAUAAGCUGAAAUCUGAUUGCCUAAAGGUGCAUUUUUGUCAUCCCAAUGGCGAUCUCUUCACAAUGCUCGCCGUCUAUAAGGAGUGGGAGUCUGUCCCGAGAGAAAAGAAGAACAUCUGGUGUUGGGAAAAUAGUAUCAAUGCAAAGUCCAUGAGGAGAUGCCAGGACACUAUCCUGGAGCUCGAAUCCAUUCUUAGAAAUGAUUUACAUGUCAUUGUGCCGAGUUAUUGGCGUUGGAACCCCCAAGAGCGAACCGGACAUGAUAAGAAGUUGAAAGAUGUGAUACUCUCUUCGCUGCCCGAAAAUUUGGCUAUGUACUCAGGCUAUGACCAGCUUGGUUAUGAGGUGGCGUUCACGAAGAAGCAUGUCCAGCUGCAUCCAUCGUGCUCCUUGCUAAAUUUUGGUCAGAGGCCAGACUGGGUGGUAUUUGGGGACAUGCUGUCAGUGUCGAAUGACUUCCUUGUCUGUGUCACUGCAUGUGAUUUUGAAAGUUUUUCGACCCUUAAUCCUCCUCUAUCAUUUGAUUUCUUACAAAUGGAGAGUCAGCGUCUGCAGAGAAGGAUUUUAUCUGGUUUUGGAACCAUUCUACUGAAAAAGUUUUGUGGUAAAGCAAAUAACAAUUUACGGUUCCUUGUUUCAGCUAUAAGAGCAUCGUGUGUGGAUGAACGGAUAGGUGUGGAAGUUAAUGUCGAGCAGAAUGAGGUGAUUGUGUAUGCUUCUUCUCGAGACCUGGAAAAAGUGUGCGGGAUGGUGAAUGAAGGAUUGGAGUACGAAAAGAAGUUGUUGCAGAAUGAAUGCAUGGAAAAAUGCUUGUACAAUGGGGGACCUACUGGCUUACCCCCAAUUGCCCUUUUUGGAUCAGGCGCGGAAAUAAGACACCUCGAACUUCAGAAGAGAAAUUUGACUGUUGAGAUAUUCCAUUCAAAUUCCGACGUGCUUGACGACAGGGAGCUCAUCUGUUUUCUCGAGAAGUUCACCUCUGGCCAGAUCUGCUCUGUCAGCAAGUUCGCAAGUUACGGUCCCGACAAUGAAGAGAAGGGCAAGUGGGGCCGAGUGACGUUCCUCACUCCUGAUGCUGCCAAGAAGGCUGUUGAGCUGGUUGAUUUCGAGUUUUGUAGUGGAUUAUUGAAGGUAGACUUUUCAAGGAAUAUUUAUGCUGGUGAUCACAAGAUGGCGUCGACUCCUUCCCUCAGAGCUAAAAUUUCUUGGCCUCGAAAGUUUAGCAAAGGGGUUGCCAUCAUAAAGUGUAAACAGAAUGACAUUGCAGCAAUGGUUCAUGAUUUUUCUAAUCUCGAAAUUGGAGGUAGGCUUGUAUGGUGCGAGCCUAGUGUGAAGUUUUCUGACAGUGUCGUUAUCACUGGGCUCAACCGUCACCUUUCUGAGACCGAUAUAUACCCGAUACUAAGCUCGGCAACAAGCAGGGAGAUCACAGACUUAUUUAUCGUAAGAGGAAAUGCAGUUGAAGGUCCUUCAGUUGCUAGUUGUGAAGAAGCAAUUCUGCGUGAGAUUUCUCCUUUUGUACCCAGACGGAAUGCGCAGGGUAAUCCUGUACGUGUUCAGGUAUUCCCCCCAGAACCGAAGGAUACUUUCAUGAGAGCCCUGAUCAUCUUCGAUGGAAGUUUACAUUUGGAAGCAGCUAAGGCUCUGGAGCAGAUUGAUGGGAAAGCGUUGGCUGGAUGUCAGCCAUGGCAGAAAAUACAAUGCCAGCAUUCGUUCAAUAGCUCUGUGUCUUGUCCUGGUGCUGUCUAUCCCGUUAUCAGGAAAGAGCUCGAGUCUUUGAUUAGAACACUCCAGCGGCGGAAAGGUGUCGAUUGUCAUCUUGAAAGAAACCAUAACGGUUUUUACCGAGUGAAGGUAUCUGCUUGUGCUACAAAAAUUGUGGCGGAGUUGAGACGACCUCUGGAAAAUCUCAUGAAAGGUCACGUCGUACAACAUCCCGACGUCACGCCUGCGGUCCUCCAGCAUCUUUUCUCUCGAGAUGGGAUCAUACUCAUGAAAUCCAUCAGCCGUGAAACCGAUACGUAUGUCAUGUUCGAUAAGCACAGUUUGCUAGUCAGACUCUUUGGUCCGCCGGAGAAGGUCAACCGGGCACAACCGAUCUUCAUCAAGGCCCUUCUCGCGCUGCACGACAGCAAGCAGCUCGAAAUCCAACUUCGUCGCAGAACUCUACCUCCGGACAUGAUGAAGAGAGUCGUUCAAAGUUUCGGUCCCGACCUUCGCGGACUCAAAGAAAAGGUUCCCGAAGCAGAAUUCUGUUUGAACAUAAAACGACACAGCAUAUCUAUAACCGGUCCAAAGGAUUCGAAGCAGAAGGUUGAAGAAAUUGUCCACGAUCUUGCACGGGCGAGCGGCCAAGAAACUCUUGCGAACGACGAUAGCGACGAUGCGACAUGCCCUGUUUGUUUGUGCGACGUCGAGGAUCCGUUUCUGCUCGCCGCAUGCUCCCACAGCUUCUGCCGAUCAUGUCUAAUUGAGCAGUGUGAGUCCGCCAUUAAAAGCCACGAUAGUUUCCCGUUAAGGUGCGCGAAAGAGGGCUGCGGCUGCCGUAUCUUAAUCACCGACCUGAGGUCGUUGCUCUCGUGCGAAAAACUCGAGGAGCUUUUCCAGGCUUCGCUUGGGACGUACGUGGCGGGAAGUCAAGGCGUCUACCGGUUCUGCCCGUCGCCGGACUGCCCGUCGGUUUACCGUGUUCUGGGCCCGGAGGAGCCGGCUGCCCCGUUCCUCUGCGGCGCCUGCUUUGUGGAGACGUGCACGCGGUGCCAUUUGGAGUAUCACCCGGAUUUGUCGUGCGAGAAGUACCGUGAGUACAAAGACGACCCGGACUCGUCAUUGAAGGAGUGGUGCAUGGGGAAGGAGCACGUGAAGGUGUGUCCGAGCUGCGGGUUGACGAUCGAGAAGAUCGACGGGUGCAACCACAUCGAGUGCCUGUGCGGGAGGCACGUGUGUUGGGUGUGCUUGGAGACGUUCGGGUGCAGCGACAGUUGUUAUGGACAUUUGCGAUCCGUGCACCUUGCGGAGUUGUACUAAGAAGAGCGAGCGAGCGAGCGAUGAUUUAUAUAUAUAUAUAUUGUGUGUAUAAAUUCCCUGAGAUGGAUCCGGCACUCAGUUAGAAUGAUAAGUAUUGUCGAGGACUAGAUGGGUGGUGGAACUGAUGUAUUGUCGAGGACUAGAUGGGUGGUGGUACUUAUUAAUCAAGAGUGUCAUUGUAUAGGUCUCACCAAACUAUACGAUACUCUCUACUUAUUGCCAAUAAAUAGAAAGAGCAGAGCAAUACGUGAAAAGUAUAAAGACUGUCUUUCAGAUUGAUUAAAGACAGGUAAAUAGAAAGAAAAC